AGUAAAGGAAGAUUAGGGCAUUUCGCAGCGGGCAAAGUAGAAGAAAGGUAAAGUGGGAAAAGUAAGAGAAAGCUGUGAAGGAGAGAUGAGCAGCGACACAAAAGCCAAAAGCGGUGGUGGCAACGUUGGAGGAGGUGGUGGAUUCAGGGCAAAGUUGGAUCACUACCUCUAUAGCGGUGACAAGAAGCAUGUUUUCAUUGGCUUAACUCUCAUCACUGCUGUCUUUGCCGUCCCAUGGUUCCUCAUGAGUCGAGGAACCAAACACCAAUCUCAUCAAGAUUACUUGGAAAAAGCUGAUAAAGCAAGGAGCCAAAGACUCUCAUCCAGUCCUGCUCCUUCCAAAUGAUCUUCAACAGCAUUCUCUUUGAGAGCAUAUAGUUUUCCUGUCACUCUAAACUAAAAGGCAUUAGAUAUUUUCGUUAGAGGUCCCUUCACCAUUUUCCCUUUUCCAUUGGACUACUGUUAAACCAGUCUAUUGGUUAGAUAUGUGAUUUGAACAGCAUCCGAAGAAAAUUUCCCUUUACAAUAAAAUUGGUUAGAUAUGUGAUUUGAA